AGAACAACAACUGUUAUUCACCUCUGGGUGUGGUGGUCUCUUACUUUAGUGGAGGGCUGGAGGCCUUCUGGAACAUGUUUUAACUGGAAGAAAGGACAGUGCAUUGAAACUAUUUAUUGUGUUAGUAAUUUUUUUACAUUUGGUUUGAGUAUGUAAUAUUGUAGUUAGUAGUUCUUUCAUCAACACAUUAUUAGGCUAAUCCAUUGUUGUCACUAAGAAUCACCUGACAUUAACCAUAAUAUCUGAGCUCUAAUUGAUGGAUACAGUAAACUAUAUAAAAUGGGUCUAUUUGCUUUUGUGCUAGUAAGGGAAUAACACAGGAUAGUUUAAUAAUUAGCCAAACCAGAUGUGUUUUUAUUGUAUUUUACAUAUAAUAUGCCACGUGAAGGACAAAUUCACAAUUUCUUUAUCAUUGUAAAAGUGCAGUCUGGACUGUCAGGAGGCAGAUAUCUAUCGAACGAGUGUGAUUCGUGGAUGCAUCAGACCGAUCAUAAAAGAGCGAAGAGAAAAAAAUCUGUAAAUCCUAAAGCUACAAGAAUUUUUUCCCCCCACCCACAGGCAUACUCCAAAGACCCAUUACUCAAGACAACGACGUUCUACCUGUAGAGCGGUCUAAAUCUCCGCGUAAAACGAAUUAACCCAAGAUAUAUCUACAGAAAAAGAAGUGAUUUAUGAACAAAAGCACAAACAAUGGAUUAACAUUUGUUAAGUUGCUCCAGUAAUCCAUAGUAAUCAAACUAAAGAAAGCUCAUUCUAAAAAGGUGGGCUGUCAACAUCCAGCCCCAAUCAUGGAUUGGAAGACCUUCCAAGCCCUCCUGAGUGGGGUGAAUAAGUACUCCACUGCAUUCGGCCGUAUCUGGCUCUCUGUGGUGUUUGUGUUCAGGGUAAUGGUGUACGUGGUGGCGGCAGAACGCGUGUGGGGCGAUGAGCAGAAGGACUUUGACUGCAACACCAAGCAGCCCGGCUGUGCUAACGUCUGCUACGACCACUACUUCCCUAUCUCCCACAUCCGCCUGUGGGCCCUGCAGCUCAUCUUCGUCACCUGCCCCUCCUUGAUGGUGGUGAUGCAUGUGGCGUAUCGCGAUGAACGUGAGCGGAAGUACCACGCCAAGCAUGGCAACAAGGCCAAGCUGUACGAGAACACAGGCAAAAAGCACGGCGGCCUCUGGUGGACCUACCUGCUCAGCCUCUUCGUCAAGACAGGCAUCGAGAUCUCCUUCCUCUACAUCCUCCACAAAAUCUAUGACAGCUUCUACCUGCCCAGGCUGGUCAAGUGUGAGGUCAGCCCCUGCCCCAAUCAGGUGGACUGCUACAUCGGCCACCCCACAGAGAAGAAGGUCUUCACCUACUUCAUGGUUGGCGCCUCGGCCCUCUGCAUCGUGCUCAACGUCUGUGAGAUCAUCUACCUCGUCUCCAAGGGCAUCGCUCGCAAAGCACAAAAUAUGAAGAGAAGAGAGCGCACCUUGGCCUUGCAUGAACGGUACAACAAGGAGAAUUCCUGCAGUGACUGCAGCACUCUACCUAUGUCUCGGCUGGAGAAACAAUCCUUAAAUCCCCAGUUUCCAGGCCACCUACAAGCCACCUUACCGGCUCAUAUGCAUGCUUCUGCCCCUAACCUGUCCUAGAGUGGAUGUCCACUCUAUCCCAAGACUGAACCAAACAUGAAGGCCUAUGGAGCCAGGCCUCACCUUAUUGGUCAAGCCUGUAUGAGAGACAGACUUUUCUCAAAGUCUCUACUGCCCUAGCUUUUACUGCCCUAUACUGCCAUUGAGCAAGGCUUUGUAUUGAUGUACAUGACCCUGGGGCUAGACAAGCCUGUCGUGAGCCACAUUCCAUUUUAUACAACUAAACUCUUACUGCCAGACUGAAUAACCAACCAUUCCAACCCAUUUCCCUUUACUAUCAACGUUUCCCUUUCAAUGCAACAUAGCGAAACAAAAUGAACUAUGCAAGAGUUAGCAUGCAAAACUACUGUUUCUAUGCAAUACAUUUUUUGUAGGAAAAACGCAUCGGAGUAGGAUUCUAUUGCAUUGACACGCAUGACUCAGACCAUACUCUACACAGACCGGUGUGGCAUAACCAAUCAGAGCUGCAGUAGGCCUAUUCAAGAAAUUAGGCCUGCGGGGGUGUGGUUUAUGGCCAAUAUACAUCGUGCAUAAGAAGGGCUGUUCUUACGCACGACGCAAUGCUGAGUGCCUGGACACAGUCCUUUGCCGUGAUAUAUUUGCCAUAUACCACAAACCUCCGAAGUGCCUUAUUGCUAUUAUAAACUGGUUACCAAUGUAAUUAGAACAGUCUGAUAUACCACAGCUUUCAGCCAGUCAGCAUUCAGAGCUCGAACCACCCAGUUUAUAAAUGCAAAUUGAUCAUUGCCAUGUAUGGAUCUGUGCCAUUCGCUUUGAACUUGACUGUGUUUACAGCAUGAGCGGUCGUGAGUAGAUGCGCUUUUUUAUUUAUCAAAGCGAGAGCUGCUUGUAGACACGUACACAUUUUGUUCAUAUCCUUUGCUAGUUAGUAAGUUAUUAGCCCAGUUAUAAAUCAUUUGUAGUCAGCAAUGGGGGAGUGAUUGCUUCAUACAAGAGCACAAAACGUGUAUAUUUCUUUGAAAAUACGAAUGGAGUAUGAGCUUUUUUUUUGUCUUAAAGGGGCAGUGUUGUAUUUUGAGACAGGUUUGACUAAGCUAAGUAGACAAUAGGCAGCAGACGGUAACAUCAUUUUUCUGAUUCUCUGAAAUAAUGUUAUGGGAAUAAUACUGCAUGUUAUUUGGUAAAGUGGUUUCUUACAUCAAACAAUACAAGAACCUUUUCAGUCACCUCAUUGUCUGAAGGACAAGGUAAUGUCAAGCCCUGCAUGUUUUCUUUUAAGUCUCAUGGAAUGUAGGGCUACAUUGAACAUCACACAUUGGCUGCUACUGUAGGGUGAAUGAUAGAACAGCUAUUUCAAUGUUAUGAGACGCACUUUCUCCAUAGUGUUUGAUGGUAGGCCACUCUGGUAGGCCUACAUUAUGAUCAGAUAGCCACAGUAGCCUUCUUGACCACCGUCUGAACCUGUAACUUAAAGUGGGUACAGCCUCAGCGUUAACAUUAAACGCGCGCUGGAAGUUGCACAGAAUUUUCACAACGGUCAAGUUUGCUCUCAGCAGACAUGAAAUUUGCUCUGUGCCAAAAAAUAUUUGAGGGAACAGGUGGGAGGGCGAAGAGUGAAAUGCUCAUAGGGAACUGUUUUGUCAGAGUGACAAGCAUGUAUUCAAGACACACCUGGCGGAGAUAUUCACCCACAUCACCGAUACUUUGGAGGUGUGCUAAGGCGCUCUAGAAACAGAGACUACUAGAAAGAAAAUGCAUUUCAGAGAUUUGCUUAUUAAUUACUGAAAUGUGUUGUUUCUUGCCUCAAAGACAUUUGUAUACUCUCUAUUUUAUGACUUCAAUAUGAGACAACAGAAUGAUAACAAAUAUCUUUGCUUUGACAGUGUUGGUGCAAGAUUAGUCUAAACUGGACAAUGGCUUACCACUACUUGGCGAUGGUGCACCAACAUAAUUAAUCAUUUAUUUUGUUUUAUUUAAAGCAUGCAUUCUAAUAGAAGCUCCUCUAUCAUUUAAUCACUUUUUAAAUUGUUUUACUCUAUUACAAGACUACAUCUGCAUGGUUCCUCUCAUAUUUAUGUUGUAAUGCCACAACAGAUUGUCUGUGUUUGUACAUGUUUGUACACAAAUGUUCCUCAUCCAAGGCCUAUGUUGAUUCAAAUGAGAGACAAGGAAUGCUGCUGUUUAAUUUAUCAAGUCCACGUAUGCAAGUAAAUGCUGGCAUCUUGUAAAGCUGGAGCACAAACUCCGACUACAGAGAGAAGUGGAUAAAACAGUGUUUCUCAGUGAACAAUGCUGGACACCUGAUAGCCUCACAUUGUCAGGAACAGAACCUUCACAAUCAGCUUCAAACUUCUGUUUUGUACAUUAUUUUUUAUAAAUAAAAUGUGAACAUUUAUUUUA